CCCGAGGAGGGGGCGCUCUAGAUAGAAAAAUAACCGAAAAAACAACAAUAAAUAAAUAACUAAAUAAAUAAAUAAAAGGGUUCUCUCGCAGCUGAUGCCCAAAGAUGCUCAAUCGCGGCGCCGUGGAGACACCGAUAAUAAUGCGAAGAUCUUCCUCAUGAUCAUAAAAGGAAUAUUCCGGAGGUAUGAGAGGUGGAACCCUGUCCAUCCCACGCUGGGCACAUUCUGGGGCAUGGGAAUCGGCGUCGGAUGCGGCGUCGGAUGGGGCCCGGGGUUCGGCCCCGAAGUCAUCGGCUAUGUCGGCGCCGGCUGCGGCGCCGGCUUUAGCGUCGGCAUCACGCUGCUCGGCGUCGGCAUCGGCCUCCCGCAAAAUGGCCUUUGCCAAAUCCCAUUCAAUGCUCUUGCGACGAGCACCUUUCUGGAGUGUGCAAGAACAUAUGCUGUUGCUGUCCUGCAGAGCCUGGUUCGAAACAGGAAGGAGUCUCGCGACAGGUUCCUGAGCUUUAAGCAGAAUGUUCAGGCACCCGAAAGGGUCGAUCUUUCGAAGCUGCACAACGCCGUGUCAGGGAGCAUUAGAUCCACCGCGGAAUGUUUAGGAGCUUUCAAGAACCAGCAUUGGCCUCCUGGGAAAGUUACAUGAUCUUUCUUUUUCAUUGUAUUUAUGAAGUUGAUACGAAUUACAGCUAUGUCAUGUUCUACUUAAAUACAUCUUGGUGAUGUGAUUCCUAGCUGCGGCCCUAAUUUGCAGAACAUUACGCUAACAAUGUCAGAUUAAGCAGCGUAAACGAAAGUUUAGUUUCAGCAAUGUGAUAAGUGCAGAUGUUGUUUGUUUUUUCUUUCCAUGGAUAUGGCCAUUUACUUUACUGAUUGGUGGUUUUGAAGUGUGAUAAUCUCUAUUAUGUGAAGUUUAUUUAAGAAUGAAAAGAAACUCUGUGCGGCUAUGUGCG